CCGCGCGCUUGAUGAUGCACUCGAGUCCAUCAGUAUUCAAGAUUCCUUGACCGGUUGGAUCUCCAAGGGCAUCGCCCUCUGCGGAAAAAUGCAGGUCGAGGACGGGAUGGAAGCAUUUGACCUCGCGUUCAUGUUUACCAACGAAUACUCAAAGACUACCCAUAUUCUCCUCCUGAUUAAGGCCAUCGCUUAUUUCAAUGCAAAUCAACACGAGCACGCCAUCAUGCGCAUCCAAAGGUUGGAUAACGUUUGUCUUAAGGCAGAUAUUCCUGUUUGUCAUAUCGUGGAAGCGUACCUACGUCUCCAACUGGGGAUAAACGCCUUUGAUAGUGCCUAUGAAAACGAAGCUGAUGAACACUUCGCUGUCAUUAUCAAUACCAUCGCUUCCACCUCUCAGUCAGCCAUUCAUUCUACAUAUGAGGACUUCGUCGUGCUCUUUGGAUGGAACCUCAAGGAACUGUGGCAAAUUGCAAGCCAGAGACGGUGCGAUGCACUCCUCCGGGCAGGUAUGCUUCGAGAAGCCCAUGAAUCGUAUCGAUAUAUGAUGGAUAUGAGCGACGAAGCGACCAAGGCUAACUGCCUUGGUUGGUCCACUGUUUUCAAGCAAAGAUGCAGUGCGCUCUAUACUGUCGACGGAGAUGCCCUUCCGGCGAGCGGAGAUGCUGCAUUGGAUGCACACGAUUUCGAUAAAGCUAUUGAUCUGUACUCGGCGGCGAUCGACUUGGAUUUUGCAACCGAGGCUAUCUUUGCAAACCGCAGUAAGGCUAGGUUAGAAGAAAUGCUAUGGGACGAUGCACUCUUCGAUGCGAAAAAGGUCAUCGAACUCAGCCCUUCCUCUUAUCUUGGAUACCAGUUGAAACAUGCGGCGAUGCAUGGCGCACAACACUAUGAGGAAGCCAUCGAAGCUUUCCAAGUUAUGCUAUCCAAGUUGGACAAUUCUGCCGACACUCAGUUACAAGAGCUGCGCCGACAAUAUCUCAGUCCAUCCGAAGCAGAGGCUGUGAUUGAAAGGACCAUUUAUUUCGAACUUGAAUGCGCCCCGCUUCGUCUACUUACAUACCCGCUGGCACAGAUACAUGCCUUCAGGACGAGCGCGGAGUACAAGGAGCUUCUGUCAUCCACAACGAAGCAUGCAGAUCUCCGCACAGAGCGCAUCGAAGAAGUGGUGGCGAAAUACUUUAGUUACGUCAUGCUAUCACAUAGGUGGGAGAGGCAUGAGCCAUUACUGUUCGACAUCCAGGACAAAGUGGUGUACGACUUGGAUUCCGUUGGCGGCGUCGCGAAGUUGCAGUCAUUCUGCAAAACUGCUCGUACGGCUGGGUACCGAUGGGGGUGGAUUGAUACAUGCUGCAUCGACAAAAGUAAUAAUGCCGAGUUCCAAGAAUCGAUCAACUCCAUGUUUGCCUGGUAUCGCCAUUCAGCGCUUACGAUUGUCUAUCUCUCGGAUGUUCUGCCUUCGUCCAAAUCUGGCGCAAUGGCAAAGAGCGCUUGGAACACUCGAGGAUGGACAUUACCGGAAUUACUUGCCCCCAAAAUCAUUCGCUUCUAUCAAAGUGAUUGGACUUUGUAUCUAGAUGACCACUCUCCCAACCACAAGCAGUCUGUCGCGAUCAUGCGGGAGUUGGAGUAUGCAACGGGCAUAGAUGCACGGACUCUUGUCACCUUCCGUCCCGGUAUGAGAGAUGCCCGAGAGAAACUACAAUGGGCAUCGACACGCGUCACCACCGUGCAUGAAGACGUCGCAUACUCGUUGAUGGGUAUCUUUGGUAUCAACCUACCUGUGAUGUAUGGCGAGACGAAGCAAUAUGCGCUCGGGCGUCUCUUGCAGGAGGUUGUGACUCAGUCAGGCGACCUCACUGCUCUCGACUGGAUCGGGAAACCAUCCAAAUUCAACAGCUGUCUUCCUGCGGACAUCACUUCAUAUGCAACCCCACCGUACACGCUACCAUCUAUAUCUGAAGAUGAGAUGGAGAGAUCGGUCUCAUCACUGAAGAACACUGUGGUUAUCGAGUCGGCUUUGAAAUUGUACAGAAAACUGGACCGCUGGAGCGGUCCACAUUUUUCUCACUGCCGGCUUCAUCUGCCAUGCAUCACAUUCCCUGUCACGGCAGUCAGACGGAGGCUCGUUGAACACGAGGAGACCCAUUUAACGUAUGAAGUCAAGACAGACGGGCUUCAUAACGUGAAGAUUACCACGGAGGAGAAGUUACCUCAGUUCUCACGAGGAAGACCCACUCGACAGUCAUUCUUACUCGUCCGUCCCUGGGAUCCUCGUCUCCUUGGGCUACCUGACUUUUUAGACGACGAGCAGAGCGUGGAUGAUUGGAGUGAGCUGGAAUCACUAUCAUCAUGUUCAUCCUCUGGAGAACAGUGGUUGGUCCGUUCGGAAUCUCACUCACAAGCGUUACGAUUACUGUUUCGCCUUGGACAGCCUUUCACCGCAUUUUUGCUAGCGCAGCAACGCGGUGGAGAAUACAAGAGAAUUGCGUCAGAUCGUCAUAUUAUUGCACAAGUUCAAGACAUUGCUUCUGUUCGCCACAUGAUGGACGUCAGGAUGUUGGAGAUAUUGUAACUGUAAGAGCAUGAUAAUAUACCCGGAGAAUAUAGUUCAGACGUAUAUAAUGUAGAACC